AUGUUUAUUGUAUUUGCAUUAAUUGAUGGACAUUUUUUAUUAACAUUAGAAUUAGAAAUAAUCGAUGGUCAUUAUCGUGUAUGUCAUCCAAAAAUUUGGGCAAGAAUUUUUGUUGGAAAAAUAUUUGUUUUCAUUGAUGCAUUAAAAUAUUCUGCUAUACCAUUUUGUAUUUUACUUAUAUUAAGUAUACUUAUAAUUCAACGAGUUUUUCGUGCUGAAGGUAUAAGUGCUCAAUUACAAAAUCUUCGUCCAUUACAUAAUUAUCGACAAUAUUCAGCUACAUCAAGUCCAAGUUGUACAACACAUUCAUCAACAUUAGCUGUUAGUGCAACACAAACAAAUUUACUAACAAGUAAUACACGAGUUGGUCGUCGUGUUACAUUUAUGCUUUUAUCUGUUAGUAUUGCAUUUUGUGUUUUUUCUGCACCAAUGUCACUUAUGCAAAUAGUACAAAGUAUAGCAAAACCCGGUUAUCAUGAAACACCAUUAGCUAUUGGUAAAGCUGUUGCAGAAUUAUGUCAAUAUGUUAAUCAUUCAUGUAAUUUUUUUUUAUAUGCAUUAACGGGACGAAUAUUUCGUCGUGAAUUUGUUCGAUUAUUUUUUCCAACACGUUUUGGUAAUCAACGAGGUUUUGCUGCUGGUGCUGGUAUCAAUGGUAUGGGUCUUAGUGUACGUGCUGGUAUGAUACAUCAUGUUGCACAAUCAUCAAGUCGUCAUGGAUCACUUUAUUCAAUUGAAAAUAAUCGUUAUAAUAGAUGUUCACAAAUAUCAUCUAGACGUUUAACAACAUUAUAUACAAAACGAUAUAAAAAUGAAAGAAAUCAUCAAUCUAAUCGAUCAUCUCCAAGACAAUCACCAUUUUUAUCAUUUAAUAAUAGUCCUAUAUUACCAAAUAGAUUUCGUUAUUUACAUGGUGAUAAAUCUUCAAUAAAUACAAUCAGAAAUAAUGAUAAUAAUAAUAAUAAUAAUAAUAAUAAUAAUAAUAAUAAUAGUUCUUUAGCUAAUUUUUGGAAUAUAUUUGGUAGAAAAAGAGAAUUAAAAGCGACUAGAGAUGGUUCAAUAUUAUUUCUUAAUGGAAAAUUAACAAAACGUGUACCAUGUACAGUGUGA